GCCCAUGACCCAGCCCUCCGAACCGAAAGCGGCCUCCAGGAUUCAGCCUCGUAGUCAGCGCCAGCCAAUGAAGCGCGCUGGCCACAGCCACGUGACCGCAGCGGGGCGGUGCUUCGGCGGCCCCGUGAGCUCUAUGGUCUUCCGGACUCGCUAGAGGGAGUGUGGUCCACUGGAGGACUCCCUACAUUCUUCCUCCAUUACCUCACUGCCUCCGGUGGCUGCUGGGAUACCGGAGGACCCGGGUCCCGGCUCGACUCAGUCCUCCAGCCGCUCGGGGAAUGCCUCUAGUUCUUCCCGGCCGCCGCCGCCCCGCCGCUUCCUCCUCCGCCCGCCGGCCUCCUUCGCCCCGCCCCGCCCGCGCCGCGCGUCCGGCCCGCCUGCGGGCCCGCUUCUCUCGGGAGCCCCCACCCAGGCGCAUGGCUCCAUGAAGCAGGAGGAGGAGGCAGAGCGCGAGAGGUCCCGUCCGCCCCAGCUGAGCCUGGGCCAGGAGAAAAGGUACAGGAAGAAGGAAUGGAACUGGAAGGAAGAAAAUUCAUUCCAGAGACAAAAUAGCUCCCCUCCUCUGUUGUAGCUAUUCCUCUGGCAAUACAAACUUUCUGCUUUCAGGUUCUGCGGCAUUCCAGACCUCGAGCACCGAAUCAGGAUGGGAAAAAGACGUUGUGUCCCUCCACUCGAGCCCAAGUUGGCAGCAGGCUGUUGUGGGGUCAAGAAGCCCAAGUUGUCUGGAAGUGGCACGCACAGUCACGGGAACCAGUCCACCACUGUCCCCGGCUCUAGUUCAGGACCUCUUCAAAACCACCAGCAUGUGGACAGCAGCAGUGGACGGGAGAAUGUGUCGGACUUAACUCUGGGACCUGGAAACUCUCCCAUCACACGAAUGAAUCCCGCGUCGGGAGCGCUGAGCCCUCUCCCCCGGCCCAAUGGAACUGCCAACACCACUAAGAACCUGGUGGUGACUGCAGAGAUGUGCUGCUACUGCUUCGACGUGCUCUACUGUCACCUCUAUGGCUUCCCGCAGCCACGACUUCCUAGAUUCACCAAUGACCCCUAUCCGCUCUUUGUGACAUGGAAGACAGGGCGGGACAAGCGGCUUCGUGGCUGCAUUGGGACCUUCUCAGCCAUGAAUCUUCAUUCAGGACUCAGGGAAUACACGUUAACCAGUGCACUUAAGGACAGCCGAUUUCCCCCCCUGACCCGAGAGGAGCUGCCUAAACUUUUCUGCUCUGUCUCCCUCCUUACUAACUUUGAGGAUGCCAGUGAUUACCUGGACUGGGAGGUAGGGGUCCAUGGGAUUCGAAUUGAAUUCAUUAAUGAAAAAGGUGUCAAACGUACAGCCACGUAUUUACCUGAGGUUGCUAAGGAACAAGACUGGGAUCAGAUCCAGACAAUAGACUCCUUGCUCAGGAAAGGUGGCUUUAAGGCUCCAAUUACCAGUGAAUUCAGAAAAACGAUCAAACUUACCAGGUACCGAAGUGAGAAGGUGACAAUCAGUUACGCAGAGUAUAUUGCUUCUCGCCAGCACUGUUUCCAGAAUGGCACUCUUCAUGCCCCGCCCCUCUACAAUCAUUACUCCUGACACACGGCUGCAUGACCAGUCCCACCCCCCUGUGGCCACCAAUGGCUAUGACAUCAUUGGAGCAGAUGCCUCCUCUUCCUGGUCCAGUUACUUCUAUUACUGCACCAUUUUAUGAUGCUAGCUUCCGUUGCCAAGUCUGCCUCCCACUGACUGAGGGGGGGUGGGGUUACAUUGAAUGAAACAGAACUUGAGGGGCCCAAGCCUUAUCUCAGCCUUUCCUCAAUAUGGGGUUCCGUUGGAUUGGGGCUCCUCCAUGACUAGUGAGGAUUAUCACAGGGUUCAGAAGACCCUUGUCUGGUAUUGCCACAUGUGUGUUGGCCACACACUGGAAGCUGGAACUGAUGAUCCAUGAAGGCUUAACCCACAUACACCCCUACAGCCUCCCCAGAUCAAGUAGGUAUAUUCCCCUGGCAGUCUGGGCAACGGAGACCAACAGAAACAUUUUUAGGUUGUUUUAAAUUCCUUUUUUUAAACUCCCAGUUUAUUGCAUACCAAGAGUUGGUUACAACUUCCAUGCUUCAUAAGUGGACGCCACGUUAGGGUUGGACGUGGGCACCAUGAGUCUUUCGAGGCUCCUGGACAGAGACCCACAUCAAGAUCGGAAGCCCUUUGGAUGGCGUUGCAGAUCUCAUUACUCAAUAAGCCGUGAAGGUUUAAUUGUCAUCCCAGUCUCAGUUGGAUUUCUGGCACUUUUCCUGCACAUUGAGUCUCCUGGUAUUGCACAGAGCUCUGUGGUGUAGCCUGCUGAGGAACGGAAUGGAGAUGCCCACGGGAGGUCCUGAUGUCAUCACUGCACACAGGUGUGAAAGGAGAGACCUCUUCCUCACCACCCGGCUACCUCACUUGUCUACUGGUAGCAGUGCCUAUAGCUGGACCUAGGUUCUCAGAAGCGUAGACGUGCAAAUAAGCAGUUGGGUUGGGCUUUAGAAGACACGCUGUCAUGGGGGAAUCCAGGGUCUCUAAGCUGGUUUUCUUUUCAGGCAAACAUCUUGAGGGACCUCUAAGCGGGGGAGUUCCUCUUUCUGGUUUGCCUGCAGCAGUGGGAAGACUGUUGAUGAUUCAGUCCUUUACAGGACUUUACAACAAAGCUGUGUAAUUACACAAGGUGAAUCUUUAUCUUGCCUGACAUGCUGGGAAUCUUCACCCCACCAGGGCAAAUUUCCAAAUAGCUCAUUUUAUUCUAGCUCUUACAAACUUUCAUGUGACAUAUUUCCCUUUCCCGUUGUUGCUGAUUUCCAAAUAGCUGUCAGCAAGUUUUUCCUCCCUCUUGCCGAUUCUUCACUCAUUGGUGGCAAAGUUCAUAGAACUAGGGGACUUGGAAGAGGCUUUGAAAACAUUGUCACAAAGGCACUGCUAAGAUGAUUCACAGGAAGAGUGGCCAGUUGGAAGAAAGGUUCCUAAGGAUGUUACACUGGUUUUCAACAACAUGCUUAGAGAACUCGACGAGGAUUGGGUGUCAACCCAAUGAACACAACGUUUUGAUUUAAUUUAUUUUUCAAAGUUUAUGUGGUGAUGGUGUGGCUUUCUGAAAUGGGCAAAUAUUCAAGUCAAAAGAUCUUUUGCAUUUCUUCUGCCAGGAGUGGGGGGGAGGGGCGAGGACACAAUCUGGAAGAAGACCAUGUGUGAAGCUUCUGGGAAGGGAUGGGCAAGGGUGAGUGGGUUUGCUUGGCACCGUCCUGUGCUGCUCAUGGGAAACAUGGGUGGCAUCAGGGUGCCCAGGCCGCAACCUCCCCACUGCUGUGCUGGGUUCCUGCAGCCUGCCAUGUUUCCCUUGAAGAUGAAGGGGUCAUUUCAUGGUUUCCUGCUACUGAGAAUAAAUGUUUUGUUAAAAACAGAUGUGAUAAGUUACUCUUAGGUGCCAUGGGUUGAUGUCAGGGUGGCCAGCUCUGGACUCAGCCACCCACCUCCAAUUUGUACAACAGUAUUGAUACAUAGGGCUACACUCAUUACUGUUCAAGUGUUCUAUGUUAAAAGUUGUGUUUAAUUUCUAAAGAUUAAAAAAGCAAAAAAAUGGUGCUAAACUUUCACCCCUGAGCACGCUCGGUGAGACUGGUCAUGCAAGCAUUUACAGUGCCAUGCCCCUCAAGCCUAUUUUUUCUUAGAAAUGUCGCCCUACUUGUCUUCCCCAAUGUGUAGUAUGUUUUUAUUUUAUUUUAUUGAGGGUGGGGUAGGAUACCUGCCAUUUAAGAAGGUGAGUAGAAAAUUUAAAACCCAAGAAAAGGGGAAAAAAAAUCAGUGCACAAGAAUCAGGCUGGUUAAGCCCAGCACCACACUGAAGUGGGCUCAGUGGUUUUUGGAGUGAAGAAGCCUUACUCCAUGCACAUUCCCUCUUGCUCCCACACAAGUCCAGCAGUGGAGAUGCUUGAGUUCCUCUUGCCUUGCCAGGGGACUUGGGAGUCGACCAAGGAAAACUAUUUGGCCCCAUAAGGCGUGGGCACCGUCAGUGUCCCUCCCGAAUAGGGCCUAGUCAGGAAGUGGUCUGGAAGUGUACGGUCAUUGUUGCCUCAUGAAAAUUGUGGCAGGUGGCUCUCAGGAAAAAUACCAAGUCUGGAUCAUGCAUGUGGCAGCUUUGAUAGGGAGAUGACAGCUCCGAACUGGAACUGAACUGCCUUCCACACGCUUGACCAAAGCGGUGAUGAGGGUGGCCAGUACAUGCAGUAUGGGUGGUAGGUUUAAAGAAAAGGGAAUGUUUUCUGCUACGAGUUUCCCUUGUCCUUGGGCUGCUCAGGCUGGACACUAGGUAACCACUGUUUCCAAGGAACCAGCCCAACUUCGCUGGCUUGGUUCGGAGUUCGUUUCAUCCCUAGCUGUGAGUGCCUUUUGGUCUGGAAAGUUGGCUUGUCUCAUAAUACCCACAGCUAGGACAUUCUCUCUGUAAUUAUGAAUUGUCCUUGUUUUACAUUAAAAGAAUGUCUUUGAUCACUAGAGUUUGUCGGUGUUGGAUUGUUUCUACUGUGAGAUUCUUAAACUUUUUUGCUUCAUAAUAUUAAAACAACUCAUAUUAGAGACCCUUUCAAUGUGAAAGGUUUGUAGUUGAGAUGUUACAUAUAUUUUAUUGUUUAUAAUAAAAAAAUCAUCUAUACAAAAUAAGUCCUGGGUGUUAAUUUUAAUAUUUUGCACAAGAUCUGUUUUCCAUGUGUUAACAUCUACGAUUUCACUAACUGUUGAUGUUAUUUUCUAUUGAGAUUCUGGAGCCUAGGGAGCUAUGUGUUCUUUUCGUUUAUUUUGUUCUUAUUUCCCUGAAGCAAGAGACUAUAUGGCCUUCAGUGCAAAGACUUCAGACCAGUUCUUUGUAUUACACUUGGUUGCCUCUUGGCUAUAUAACUUCUGAGUGCAAAUCAUUGAACUCUUUAACAAAGUAUUGUAGAGAAUAAAUCAUAAUGGAUAAA